GCGCUACUGGGGUGUCACGCCCGAGGAGUUCAAGGCGAAGAAAGCUGCGAAUGCAUAUGAACUGCACUUCCCUGGUAUAGGCGCGGCGGCGGCUGAGAUGAUCGCCGCCGAUGGCGCCAUCGUCGGCGUCGGCAUCGACACGCCCUCACUGGACCCGGGCAACAACAAGGUGGUCCCCGCCCACCAGGCGCUGUUCCGGAGCAACAUCUUCGGCGUGGAGCACGUGGGAGACAUGAGCCGGGUGCCGGCCACCGGCGCCACGAUCCUGACCUUGCCGAUGAAGAUUGGCGGCGGCAUUGGCGGACCCUGCCGCGUGCUCGUGCGCCUGCCGUAGCCAGUGAUGAGCAGCGACCUAGCAGUCCGAGCACGACGCAGAUUGGGGGAGCCGAUGCGCGUGGGACCAUAGCGGAU